AUGUUAAAAGACAUAAGUACUAAAGAAAAUAAUGCAGUAUACUCUACAUAUGUUUUAAGUUUAUAUAAUCUUUUUAUUUUAAUUUAUAUAUCACAGUCAGAAAAUCUUAUGUAUCCACCCACUUGGGAUAAUUUAGUUAAAUUAGAAGAUACGAUUAAUGUUAAAUCAUACAUGAUAGACAGGAAAAUAACUUUUGUAUUAGAGGUAGCUUUAAUAACCAAUUCAACUUAUAGUAAUAAAAUCCUUGCAAACAAGUCUCUGAGGAAAAUUAUCUCUGCACACAAGAAAACAGGGGCACCGUAUCCUGAAACGACAUGCAUUGAGGAGCUGAUGACCUUCAAGGAAAACCCAUCCAACUGUGACCAGAAUACAGUAAUUAUAGAAGAGCGUUCAUAUACAGAAAAUAUGUCAUCAGAACGUAUCCCAUCCAUUAAGCUGCUGGAGUUACAGUCAACAGUGAACUCUAAGGAAAAUCAGAAUCCAGUAAACUUACAAGGAAUGGAGCUCAGUGACCGGUAA